CGACCGUCAGCAGCAACAACUACUACAACCGGAGCCGGCCGCUUCACUCUCCCUGUCUCACUCUCGGGUGGAUGGAACAAAACACAUUUCAGCCACAGGAAAACUAGUGCUGUAAUAGAAGUGACAACUUCACCGAUUCAGAAGAAGUGAUUUAAAACAAAGCUGGGCCAUGGCGACAAUAGGAGAUUUCGACCCACUCAACUCCACCGUACCUGCGACAAAGAUUGAAAUCACCGUGUCCUGCAGAAAUCUGUUAGACAUGGACACCUUCUCUAAGUCAGAUCCAGUGGUGGUGUUGUACGUGCAAGGCCUAGGCACCAAGGAGUGGAGAGAGUUUGGUCGGACAGAAGUGAUCGACAACACGUUGAACCCCGACUUUGUGAGGAAGUUUGUUCUUGAUUUCUUCUUUGAAGAGAAGCAGAACCUUCGCUUUGAUGUGUACAAUGUGGAUACCAGGAGCUCCAACCUCUCGAAACAUGACUUCCUAGGCCAGAUGUUCUGUACAUUGGGGGAGAUCAUCGGCUCGACUGGCAGCAGGCUGGAAAGGACUCUCUCUGGGAUUCCUGGGAAGAAGUGUGGAACCAUCAUUUUCACAGCCGAGGAGCUCAGUAACUGCCGGGACAUAGCCACCAUGCAGCUCUGUGCCAACAAGCUGGAUAAAAAGGAUUUCUUUGGCAAGUCUGACCCUUUCCUUGUCUUCUACCGGAGCAAUGAGGAUGGGACGUUCACCAUCUGCCACAAGACUGAGGUGAUCAAGAACAAUCUGAACCCCGUUUGGCAGCCAUUUACCAUCCCUGUUAGAGCACUCUGUAAUGGAGACUAUGACAGGACGGUCAAGGUGGAUGUAUACGACUGGGACAGAGAUGGGAGUCAUGACUUUAUCGGAGAGUUCACCACCAGCUACAGAGAACUUUCCAGAGGCCAAAGUCAGUUCAAUGUCUAUGAGGUUUUGAAUCCUAAAAAGAAAGGCAAGAAGAAGAAAUACGUCAAUUCAGGGACAGUGACUCUGCUGUCUUUUAAAGUGGAGUCAGAAUGCACAUUUGUCGACUUCAUCAGAGGAGGGACACAACUCAAUUUCACUGUGGCCAUAGACUUCACAGCAUCUAACGGUAACCCAUCCCAGCCCACCUCACUGCACUACAUGAGUCCGUACCAGAUGAAUGCAUACGCCAUGGCUCUAAAGGCUGUGGGGGAGAUUAUCCAGGACUAUGACAGUGACAAACUCUUCCCAGCAUACGGCUUUGGGGCUAAACUUCCCCCAGAUGGCAAGAUCUCCCACGCCUUCCCACUGAACUCAAAUACAGAAAAUCCAAACUGUGUGGGCAUCGAGGGUGUACUAGAGGCUUACUUCCAGAGCCUGCGAACUGUUCAGCUGUACGGCCCAACCAACUUCGCUCCUGUCAUCAACCAGGUGGCUCGGUGUGCUGCAGAAGUGACUGAUGGCUCCCAGUACUUUGUACUGCUGAUGAUCACAGACGGCGUCAUCUCAGACAUGGCUCAGACCAAAGAGGCUGUGGUCAACGCAGCCUCCCUGCCCAUGUCUAUCAUCAUAGUGGGAGUGGGCCCUGCUGAGUUUGAUGCUAUGGAAGAGCUGGAUGGAGAUGAGGUCAGAGUGUCCUCCAGGGGACGCUUUGCUGAGAGAGACAUCGUCCAGUUUGUUCCUUUCCGGGACUACAUCGACCGUUCAGGGAACCAGGUCCUGAGCAUGGCCCGACUGGCUAAAGACGUCCUGGCGGAGAUCCCUGACCAGCUGCUAUCCUUCAUGAAGAGCCGUGGCAUUGAACCCCGGCCCCCUCUGCCUGCCACUUCUGACUCCCCCUCAAUGUCCACCACCACCACCACCACUCUGGCCCCCAAGGAACGCAACAUGCACGCCUGAGAUGAGAGCAGCGAGCAGAGCAGUAUAGUUGUCAGAGCUUUGAGCAAAAGGAGAUGUGCGUUUGUGUGUGUGUGUGUGUGUGAGAUUCCUGCAUGGUUUCAGGGUUGGUUUACAGGAACCGAAUCAGAUUCGGAUUUUCACAGUAAAUUGAUGGGGACACCCACCAGAAGAGAAUACAUUAAUUUACGUUGCGUUGGUGGGGAGGAUUCCUCCAACAAGAUCUGGACUGGAAAUGUAAAAAAAAAAGCACUUUUGAUCCUUUUAACAUUUCUGGUUCUGGCUUUUGUAAACACCUAUCAUGAUGCACCCUCUGCAGGUG